GAUUAUUACUAAAAUGAGCUUCCCUGGAAAGUAUGAACUCCAAACUCAUGAAAACUUUGAGCAAUUCAUGAAAGCAAUUGGUCUUUCCGAUGAGUUGAUUGAAAAGGGCAAGGAUGUGAAGAGCAUUUCUGAAAUCGAACAAGAUGGCAAUAAGUUCAAGAUCACGGUUACAACUGGUGGUAAAGUGCUGGUUAAUGAAUUUACAAUUGGAGAAGAGGCCGAGCUUACCAUUCCAACAGGAGAGAAGAUAAAGGCUGUUGUCCACAUGGAAGGAGACAAUAAAAUGGUGGCAAAGAUGAAGGACAUCACAUCUGUAACUGAACUAAAUGGAGACACCAUCGUUAAUAUCUUGAGUGUGGGUGACAUCCAUUACAAGAGGAUCAGUAAGAGAAUCUAGACAACCUAGACAUUUCUAAACUUUUACUGUGUAAAAGGGAUAAAAUA